AUGAAUGUUGCAGUGGUGCAACGAAGUUACAGUUUUCAACUCAUUUCUCCAGGGGAACAGCGCAACAGUUGCAAUUGGACACAAUUUUGCUUUGAAGGGCAGCCAAAGACAGGUGAACAGGAAGACCGGUAUCUUGAAGUACCGGCAGUAUAUCGGGUACCACAAGAACAACUGGAAUCAACAGUUUGGGUAACAGAUCCAGAUGUUGUCUAUCGGUUGGCCAAAGUUGUUGAAGAUAAAGGUGAAAAAUUGGUUGUCGGAUUCCGAGAUGAAAAUGGUUUUUAUGAAAAGAGAACAGUGUUCAAAAAGGAUACGCAGGCACCAAGCGUAUCCUAUUAUUGCGAGGAUAUGUGCAAUUUAACUGAAUUAAGUGAAGCAUCUGUCCUGAAUACAGUUCGAUGCCGUUACGAAGCUCAUCUGAUUCACACAUAUUCGGGCCUAUUUUGUGUUGUUGUUAAUCCAUGGAAAAAUUUACCAAUAUAUACGGAUGAAGUAAAAGAGGCAUACGGAAAUGCAAUUGGUGUGGACACCAGUUUACCACCACAUGUCUAUUCAAUUGCACAAGAAGCCUAUGAUGGUCUUGGCAGUUUUGGAAACCAGUCGAUUCUUAUCACCGGUGAAAGUGGAGCUGGGAAAACAGAAAAUACAAAAAAAAUCAUUGACUACCUUGGGAGCCGUGCCGGUCGCAUUUACGGGUUUAACGAUGUUCAUAUGGAUGAACGUUUAACGGCAGCAAAUACACUGAUUGAAUCUUUCGCAAAUGCAUCAACCAUCCAUAACAGUAACAGUUCUCGAGUUGGUAAAUUUAUCAGGAUGUUUUUCAACGAUGAAAUGCAGUUAAAAGGAGCCCAAAUUCAGUGUUAUUUACUGGAAAAAUCACGUGUUGUUAAUCAGAACGAUGGUGAUCGAAAUUUUCACAUCUUCUAUCAAAUGCUUUCAAAUGGUUUUGAUAAUAUUUUGCUUCAACAAAUGGGUCUAACAAACAAAGCUAACCAAUACAGAUUUCUAAAUCAGGGUAAUAAAACAGUUGAUGCAAAUAUUGAUGAUUCAACAGAUGCUGUGGAAACUGAGAAAGCAUUACGAACAAUUGGAUUUACGUCAGAAGAAAGGCAAGAAAUUUAUGAAAUUGUUGCUUCAUGUUUAUUGUUGGGCGAAAUUAAAUUUAAUGAACGAACUGGCUUGGAUAUUACUUAUGUUGAUGGUGAAAAAGAGGUUGAAGCAGCCUGUCGUAUAUUGGGCGUUAAAACAAGUCUACUGGUUGAUGCGUUAACACAGCCGGCGAUACGAGUUGGCGAGAUGUCGAUAAAGAAAAGUCAAAAUUUGAGAAAAACACUGAGCUCAUUAGCUGCACUAUGCAAAUGUAUUUACGACCGUUUAUUCAGUUGGAUUCUGCAACGUUGCAACGAGUCAUUGGGACAAACUUCAAAUUCCGACAUGUCACAACGAUCGCUGUAUAUUGGAGUUCUUGAUAUGGCCGGAUUUGAAAUUAUGCAGAAAAAUAGUUUUGAACAAUUUUGCAUAAAUUAUACCAACGAAAAAUUGCAACAAUUUUUCAACGAUUUUAUGUUUAUCAAAGAACAAAAAGAAUAUCUACGUGAAGGUAUUGACUGGACUGAAGUAAGCUAUGGCACUGAUAUGCAGAAUACAAUUGAGCUGAUCGAGAAACCACUUGGUUUACUUUCGUUGUUGCAAGAAGAAUGUCUGGUACCCAACGGUAGUGAUAUGUCGUUAUUGGAAAAACUGAUCACCAAUCAUUCGGCAAAUCCAGUUUUUGCAAGAUCAAAACAUACUGCACGAAGUACAACGGUAUCACAUUUUACUAUAAUACAUUACGCCGGUAUGGUAUCCUACAACAUUGACAGCUGGGUUGAGAAGAACAAAGAUGCUGUGGAGAAGAACGGUUUAGAUGUAUUGGCAACAAGUACAAAACCAAUUAUGCAACAAUUAUUUCCACUAUGUGACGACGGUAUGCAGCGUGGUCGUAGGCAGUCGAAAUGCGCAAAUACCGUUUCUUAUGUUUACAAGGAGCAAUUAUUAGCUCUUUUGGAGACGCUGAACACGACUCGAGCUCAGUUCAUUCGUUGCAUAUCGCCUAACAAAAAUCGUCAACCGGGAGUAAUUGAUAAUCGUCUAGUCAUGGAACAGUUAAGAUGUAAUGGAGUACUGGAAGGUAUCAGAAUUUGUCGUCAAGGUUAUCCAAAUAGGUUGCCUUUCGAAGAUUUUGUUUUGCGGUACCGUUUUAUUCUGCCGUUCUUGGAGCUUGAACCAAAUCGUGAGGGCGCACGUGACUUGUGUGAACGUUUAGGAUUAGAUCCAACAGUAGUACAGAUUGGAAACACUAAAGUCUUUUGUAAAGUUGGUGUCAUUAGCGAGCUAGAAUCACGGCGAAGGCAGCGAUUAAGCCAUAUCAUUACUGAAAUACAGGCACAAGUUCGAUGGCAUCUUGAACAGAUUAAACUGGCGCGAUUAAUCGAAAAGAGGGACGCUAUAUUGGUUAUUCAAAGAAAUGUACGCACAUUUGCUGAACUGGCUAACUGGAAAUGGUGUAGUCUGUUAAAUAUGGUUCGUCAGUUGAUUCCGAUUGAUCGUGACAGGAAACGUAUUGAAGACCUGGAGCAACAAAAUGAAACUUUAGUUGAGCAACUCAAAGAAGCUGAUAAACGAUGUAACGAACUUCAACAGCUUCUUGGAGAUGCAAAUCAAACAAUCCAAAAAUUGAAAAGUGAAAGACAUGAAUAUGAAUCAAAGCGGCAAGAACUGCAACAGGAAAUUCAAAAUCAUGAAGAAGUAAUGGAAAUCAUGGCACGACGUUUUGAUGAACAACAUGCAAAAGUUAUGAAAAUUCAUGCUGCAUUACGGGACAAUGAAAAACGAAUACAGAUAUUGGAAGAAGAAAAAGAAGAUUUACAAAAAGAUGUUUACAAAUGGAAGGGUAAAUAUGAUGCAGAAAAUUCCAGACGUUUAGAUUUGGAAAAUGAACAAGAAAAAGCUGCUGAAACAAUAAAAGCAUUGGAAGUUCGAAUCAAUGUUGUGGUCACCGAAAAUGAGAAAGAACUUUCACGUACAUCAACAUUAGAAAAAGAGAUCGAACAGCUAAAAGAACGUAAUGAAAAACAGUUAGAAACAAUCAGUGAAUUACAGCGUUGUAUAUGUGAUAUGAACGAAAAGACAAGAGAAUGUGAUUCGUUGGUAAAUGCUGAAAAGAAAGCCAGAAAAAAGGCUGAAAGUGAAAAAGCUGAUAAACAAGAAGAACUGAAUCGAUUGAAACAGGAUUUACAUAAAAUGACGGUUAAAGCUGAAAGUUUGAAAGAAACCUGUCACGAAAAAGAUCGAGAAAUUAAACGUCUAGAAGGAAAAUUGGAAUCAACUAUUGAAAAUGCUGAAAACAACAUUGCUGAAAUGAAAAAAAUACAUAAACAAAGCCGAGAUGAUCUGAUGGUUAAAAUUGAUGAACUGAAAAAGACCUGUCACAAACUUGAGACAGAAAAUCGAGCGCAAAAAAUUAAAUUGGAUUCUGCAGAACGUGAAUCAUCUGUUGAAUCAGACUACGUUAGUGGUAACUCGGCCUCAGGCCGUACAAGCCGAAUUGGAAGCCGACAGUAUUCAUUCACCUCGAUGGGCUCGUUUAGCUCUAUUCGUACGCUUAGCAAUUCAGUAAGACGAACAACAGAACCAGAAAUACGGACGCAUUCAAGAUGGCGAACACCAUCAACACUUUCGGCCAGUUAUCAUUCAUGCACGGAUUCAUCACCCCUUUCAUUGUCAAAAAGUAUUUCACAAAGUCAAAUUACAUACGAGAAGAAAAUUGCACAAUUAGAACGGCAAGUCUUGAGUGCGCAUACAGACAACCAAAUACAAAAGCGAGAGAUUGAAGUCUAUAAAACUUCAUUGGCAAGCCAUGAAAAAGAGAAAGAGAGCUUGACGCAAAAAGUUAGAGCAUUAAGUGCCGAAGUUAGUGUUAUGGAACGAUCGUUGAAUGAAGAAGAAAAUCGUAGUCAUGACUAUGAGGUAAAAUUACGAAAAGCACAUAACGAAUUACAGGCAAUGAAAAAUAAAUACGAACAAGCAGUUCAGGAAUCUCAGAAAGAGUUGCUAGAAGAAAGGAAAAAGAUGCGACAAAAAGUGGAAGAUCUAACAAAGGAACUGGAAAAGAAGAAACUUCGUGAAGGUAAAGGGAUGGAAGCAGCCAUGGAAGAACUACAAACGCAAUUAUCUGAUGCACAUUCACAACUGGAUCGUGCCCUUACUCAAGUAAAUCACCUUGAAAAUUUAAGUAAAUCACAGGGAAUCUAUGGUGAAACAUGGGAGAUUCAGUACCGGAAUGCGUUCUCUGAAUUACAAUCACUACGCGACGAAAACGCUAUGUUAAAAACAAAAAUUAAUCGACAAAAUCGACAAAUUGAAUUAUUAACACAACAAUCCGAAUUGGAAGAAAAUGUUGCACAGCUGGAAUCCAUGCUACAUCAUGAACGUCGUGACAGUCAAGCAGUUAGCGAAUAUGAUAACGGUCGAGAUUCGGCAUGUGAUGAAGCCUACGACAGUGGUCAUUCAUCAAAUUCACCGUUACACCCACCAACCUGUACUGCCGUUUAG